AUGAUCACGUCCAUAUUCGCGGUGAUCCAGGAUGGCUAUGCCUGGUCGGAUUCGUUUGGGCCCGGCGUGACUGUUCUCGACUCUGUGAGCUUGUCAACAUGCCUGCUAGGGGCAUCAGCAUUGUUCGACUUGAUAUAUGACGAGAGCCUGCGUCCGCUUUACGUCUGCCAUCAUCUCGCCAUGCUUCUGGCCAUACAGGGAACGCCGGCAUUAAUCAUGAGUCUCCCUACUAGUAACGAAACCCAGUUGCUGGCGACUUUUGAGGCCAUCAAAGUCGGACUCACAUGGGGUAUGUCAUCGAAACUCUUGGAUGCUGGAGUACCCUCUCCAGACUCACAUACCUUCUGCGAAAACUCUUCUCAUUCGAGCCCAGAACGCAGCCAUCGUCGCCUAUCUCCUGCGUACUCGAUGGGAACGACUCCCAACAUCGCUGGCCAUAGUCGUAGUGCUAUUCCAGGUUUUAUUCACGACAACCAAAUGCAAGACAGUGGGCAGGCUCUUUGGGGUGUAUAG